AAUUAUUUCAUCCUGUUUGGAAAUCGGUGGGGGAGCGGGAAACAUGUGACCAAACCAAACCUUCCCCGUGUGCUCCCAAAGACUCUCCACCCAAAUCUCAGGCCUCGCUCUUUCUCACACGAAAAAACAAAAGAAAGCCCAGCUUCCUUGAUCCCAACCGAUGUGGCAGGUUCUCUUAGCUGCAGCAGUAGCCGGAUCCACCGGUCUGGUGGCCAAGCACGUCUUUGCCCCUAAUGCCGAUCCCACCGCCGAUCCUGUUUCCGAUCAGACCCAGAACCCCUUUGAUCAUACCAAGCCCCAAGUCUCGGUCGCUUCCACAUUGGGCUCUCCGCCGGUCUCGAGUGGUUGCAAUAACUCUGGAAACGGAAACGGAAACGGAAGCCACUGCCAGAGACAGGAUGGGAUCUUCAGGUUCUCGAGCUCGGGGGGUGCGUCGCGAUCUGGAUCAAAGAGCUCGCGGAAGGCGGUUGGGGCUAAGAAGGUUGGACACAGAUCUGGUUGUGCAAGGGAGGAGACGGAGGUCCCGAGGAAGAGUUCGAGAAGAUUCGCUGUUUGCUUGAAGAGGAGGAAAACUUCUAAGAAUGUCGCUGCAAAGUCUGGAUUGUCUUCCACUAAAGAAAACUCCAUAUUUGGCUGCGGGCUUGGUGUUGGGAUCAUGUACAUGAUGUCAGCGGGGAAAGUUGAGAUUAGUAAGCUGAACACAGUCAUGGAUGAGACUGCAAAGGUUGUCCAGGAAUUGAAGACUGAGAUUUGCAAAAGAAAAUCAUCGCAGCAUCUGCACAGUUCGAGUCCUGCUAGUGAAGUCGAUGCAAAGUCAAAGAAAAAUAGAAGCAAGCAAACUCAAUCGACCAAGUUUGGUGCAGAAAACAGAGACCCUAAUGAUAUCAAAGUUUCUGGUCUCCCUGUUAUUGACGAUGGUGAAUGCACAAGUAGUGUUCUUACGGAAGAGCCAGAGCCAAGGGUGCUUGAAAUAGAUCAACUGGAAGCUGAGCUAGAGUCUGAACUUCAAAAGCUUCCUUGGUCCAUCACAGAAGCAUCUCACCAAGAGGAAAUGGGGGAAACUCUGGGUGAGACUGAUGCUUCAGCUAUGGGAUUUCAUGUGGCGGGGGGCCAGAGUUUGGACUCUUAUCAGUUCCAUGGAGUAGUGCCAGCCGAACUUGAUCAGAAACUUAGCCAUUUGCUCAUUGAACAGCAGGAACACCAAAUUGUGGAGCUGGAAUCUGAAUUGAAUCUGGCACAAUCCAAACUCCAAUCCAAGGAAGCUGAACUCCAAGCAUUGAAGGAGUGCGUUAGACGCCUAACUGAUUUCUCUCUGUCAACUGUUUCAGAGGAUGAAACUAGAGCACAUGAGGAAGAACUGGAAACCGAUGAACAGGAUUACAAGAACAAGACAGAAUCUGACUCAAAGAAACUAGUGGUUGGAAUGAAAAGACCAAUGGACUCUGAAUCGGGCGCUCAUUAUGUAAGAUGAUGCUGUAUAUUUUGUGGGUAAGAAGGUAAUAUUAGCAAAUUUAGCAGCUCCUUAUUAGCAAAAUGCCUGAAAAAAAAUUAUCAAAACUUGUAGCAGUUGUGCUUGUGCACAUGUAAUUUGUAGUUUUAUAUUAUGAAAUCUUAAUCUAUCAUGUCUUGUGUCUCGGACCCAAUUGACUCAUCAAAUCUGCCUGCUCUUUUGUGGGUGCCAGAAAGGAAGCCUGAAAGUGCCGUUGACUUUUUUUAUUUGCUUUUCAGUAGUCCGUUCACUUUACAUAUAUUUUCCUAAAUUGCACCGAGCACUCAGUGGGUGGUUUCAGUGACCGAGGAUAGUAGUUGGAAAGUGGCGUGAUAUUUAGUGCGGUGGUGGUCGCUCAGAGAGACAGAUGUAGAAAGGUAUAGACAUGGUAGGGCUGCCUUUUCCCAUCCCUGUGACUGUGAAGAUUCCCAUCCUAUGAAACUGGAGGUUUUCCCAUUUAUUUAUUAAUAAAUAGUGACGCCUAUACCCCUCUCUCUUUCUCUCUCUCUGUUCUGCUGAGUGCUGACACAAAGUUAGAAGGACAAAUUUUUCUUUGAAACUAUUUCCUUAAAUUUGGCUUUAAAAAAUUAUUUCCAGUUAAACUAAU